AACUCCUGAGCUCAAACGAUCCUCCUGCCUUGGCCUCCCAGAGUGCUAGGAUUACAGGUGUGAGCCACCACGCCUGGUCGCUAAAUUCUUAUAUUCUAGUAACUUACCUGUUGACUCUUUGACUUUUGUAUCAUCUCUAAAUAACGACAAUUUUAUUUCUUCCUUUCAAAUCUUAAUAGACCCUUUUUCUUCUUGUCUUAACUGCCCUGGCCAGGACCUGCGGUACAAUUUGAACCAUACUGGAAGUGGUGACAGUGGGAAUCCUUGUCAUGAUUCCGUUCUCACAGGGAAAGCUUUCAACACUGCACCACUACAUGUGAUGUUGUCAUGGGUUUUGCAGCUACUCUUUGUCAGGGCAAGGAAGUCUCCCUGCAUUCUUAGGUUGCUAAGAGUUUUUCUUACGAAUGGAUCCUAAAUUUUAUCUGCAAGCAUAGAGAAAACAGUAGGUCUUCUUUUUGCUGUUAAAGUGAUAGGUUAUGCUGAGUUUUGCAAUACUGAAUGGUUCCUGCACGCCUAGGGGACACGCGGCUUGACUGUACUGUAUUGUCUUCUGUAUGUUUUGCCAGAUCCAGUUUGUUACUCGUAGGACUUUGCAUGUGGUUUUCACAAAGGAGAUUGCUCUGUGCUUUCUCACAUUUUCCUCACCAGGUGUUGGCAUCACAGAUCCAGUUGGGAUACGACUGCCUCACAGAAGGCGUUGGGUAGCUCCCUCUUCUAUGGUCUCCUGCGUUUGGGUUCACUGGGGACAGAGCCCCACCAGGGAGCCGGAGGUGGGCGUUCUCCUGGCCCUGCCACCAAUGCACUGUGCGGCCCCAGACUUGGCCUCCCUGGGCUUCAGUUUCCACAAGUCUAGGAAAGACCCCAGAUCCUGUACCCUAGGAGCUGGCCCCUUGCUGGCUCGCGGGUGUAGCCCUUUCCUGCUGGGCAGGGUCCUGGGGGAAGGGGACAGGGAGAGGAGCGGGACUGGGAGGGGCAGCCCCCUGUGCCUCUGCCCUGUGCUCUUCGCCCCAGCGGCCCAGGGUCCGGCGCUCCACACCCUGGCGGGGGACUGGGAAAAUCACCACGCAGAACCAGGGGAAACCUGCACCAAGCAAGCGUCCCGCAACGGCGAUGACCCCAAAGGAAGCACGUCCCAGACGACACGCCUGACCCUGGAAGCAGCCUGGUGUCCGCCGUCCUGCCCCCCAGCCCCAGCUCGGUGGACUGCACCAGCCCGGGACCCCCACUUCCACUUCCUCUCCAACUUGGAAACCCCCGACGUCUGUCCUCUGAGCUGCCCGCCCUCGUUGUGUCUGAGGACCCCAGGGCUUUGCACCUGCCUCUCCCUCUGCCACUCCAGCUCCAGUGUCUCCUUGAAAACACCCCACUGCACCUGGCCCAGCACGGCUCGCCUCUCACUCUGGCUCCUCAGGGUCUCACCUACUGAGCUCAGGGUGUGUGUGUUGAUCUCAGGUUCGUGUUCGGGGCUGAGCCAGCCCUUUGCAGGGGUCAGCCACCUGUGACUCAUCUUUGGGCCCCCUCCCCUGGGCCCCUGCCCACCCCACAGUGAGCACUGGGACCCCGAGGGGGAGACUGGAGGGAAGGAGAGGCAGCAGCUAGCACAGUCUCCCUCCUCCUAUGGCCAGGCCACUGCUGGACCGUCUUGCAGACUUCGCAGGUAAUUCUGCCAAGAGCCCAUUUCACAGAUGGGGAGCCUGGCUGGUGGAAAGGCAGUGGUGCCCUCCCUCUGUCUGGCAGUUGGCAAGUGGUGCAGGAGGGAUUCCAACCAGCCUGGUCACCUUGCUCUCCAGGAAACAUUUCCAGGGUGCCUUGGGGAAAAGGGCCUCUGCAGAGGCCAGGGUGAUGGAGGUUGAUGGCCUAUUGUCAGAAUAAGCCCAUGCCCUCUGAAGGAGACU